GGACGUGUGUAGCGUGUGGCUGCUGAUCAGCAAGGUGCGUUGUCCAACUUGGAAAGCUAUGGAGAGUGCGUCAUCAACUCCUUUCAUCUAGGCCGCCCUGCAACGGCGGAGACUUGUUUCAUGUCCACUACAACAAACGACACAUGAGGCUUGAAAGACGAAGGGUGGUGCAGAUCUUCAUGCAGAUGAAAUUAACCACGAGUACUACUUCUUCUUUUGACUUUGGGUUCUACAACAAGUUCAUCCAGAGUUGUACUACUACUAGUAGUGCAUGAUGACUGUGGAGGUCGACGAGGUCUGCUGAUGAGGAUACUCCACAGGAUGAGCAACCUUUUCAACCACCAAAACAAACCCAAGAUGAGCAACUUCUUCGUUGUGGCAGAGGGCGGCAACCACAAAAUCCUGUCUCCCAUUUUAGUGGCGGGUGUCCAUCCGGUUUUUUACACCUAAUGAUGAUUAACAUUGUCAUGAAACAAAAGCAAAGAAAAGAGGAUGAUCUAGUUCCUCUUCAAGAUGAAUCAGACACCUGACAUCGCUUCUCUCUGAAAGUGAAUGAUGUCGGUGGAAAGAAAAUUUUAAGAACUACUACCUAUUUUACGCUGUGCUCUACUCGUUAUCGGCUUGCUUCCUCGAGGGCGUUUCCCAUAAAGGAGCAAUUCUCAGUGGUGCCAUGCGAGCUAGAAUAAGUGGCAAGGACGAAAUGGAAAUGAAUGCAGUCAACAUGAUGCAUACAGACAAUGAAAAAACACGGGCGCCAACUUCCAAGCUGCGAGCAUAAGCACGAUGUUAGGACUAUUGAUACUUUCAAGAGCCUUUGCUGCGAGCUCGUCGGCCUCUCCGUGCGAAGAGAAAGAAGCUGACCACGGGUGAUCCCAGAGGCAGACCACUACUUGCGCACUUACCUGAACAUCCUGGAUUUCGAAGCAAUCCGCCUUGCUAUGUAUUCCAUCAUAUUUUUUUUUGCGAUUUGCUUUGCGUUUGCGAUCAAGAGUGGAGCGCCACGCAAACGCCUCACACGCGUGAUAGAAGACGAGACUUCCGCACUCGCCCGUGAACACUACAGACUUCGACGACCACUUGCAAAGAAGCUUCAGGGGGCUUGGUGCUAGUCGUAGAAUUCUGACCGAGCAGCACGGUCUACCACAAAGCCACAGACAGCGACGAGGCCUUAUGGGAAGCAAGAACUUCGCGGAUUUUUUUCCGCAUUACGGAUCGUGCUUUUAUUUUCCACUAUGAUUAAUUUCUACAACAAGAACAACUACAACGUAGGAUAGAUACUAGACUUCAGCGCCCGAUAGCUCUCCCUCCGCUAGAAUCCUCCACCUCCUUCGAGCAUUUCCUUCGCCAAGACGCGCCUCCCCCGCUGCUCUUCCGCCAGCUCGCGGCGCUUUCCUGACGAAGUGGCCCGCGCCAGAGGAGUCGGAACAGAGGCGCCGCGGAAUUUAACAGAGGGGGCCGCUUCUGUCUCUGAGGUUUUCGAGAUGUCUCAAGGUGUGCCUGCUUUUGAAUUUAGUGCAGGGCUUUGGAUUGGGAGGCUUGGGCGCGAAGCUUCGCGCGUAAGUCUUUGAGGUGGAGACUUGGGGGGAGAUUGAUGGAAGCUUUUGCCUUGCAGCUUGAAGCUCGCGACCGCUUGCAGUGUCAAGCUUUGAGCUUCAGCAAAGCUCGAGGCCCUAGCCUCGAGCUUGGCGCUUUGAUUUUGCAGCUUUGGACUUGCAGGCUGAAGCUUUGGACUCGAACGAAUUGCCGGGCUUGGAGGGUUUUGCCUGAAGUCUCGGAUCUGAGACCUUGGGCCUCAAUUCCUCAAGUUCAAAAAUUUCAGACUUUAGCGAGCUUGUCUGAAAUUCAAUUUCUUGGCUUUGAAUUUCUCAAAUCCAAAAACUUUCGACUUUGGCGAGGUUUUCUGAAAUUCAACCAAAUCCAAAAGCUUUCGACUUUAGCGAGCCGCGCGGGUAUUCAAUUUCUUGGAUUUCAAUUCGUCAAAUCCCGAAGUUUUUGAUUUUAGCAAGUUACUUCAGCACUCAAUUUCUGAGAUUUCAAUCGCCCAAAUCCCAAAAUUUUUGACUUUGCUAAGUUUUCGCGCGAUUCAAUUUCUUGGGUUUCAAUUUCUCAAAUUUUUAACCUUCGACUUUAGCAAGCUGGUCCGAAAAUUCGACCUCUAUUCGGCGUCUCAAUUCCUCAAAUCCGAAAACUUUUGAUUUUAACGAGUUUUGCUGAGAUUCAAUCUCUUGGCUUUCAAUUUAUCAAAUCCAAAAACUCUCGACUUUGCCAAGUUUUUCCGAGGUUCGUGCAAUCUCUUCGACUUGAUUCGCGAGCUUUGAUAAAUUCAGAAAUUUAGAAACUUAGAAAUUCAUAAAUUCGUAAGUUCAUGAAUUAAAUUCAGAAACUCAGAAAUUUAGAAACUUAGAAAUUUAGAAGUUCAGAAAUUCACAAAUUCGCAAGUUCAUAAAUUCACAAGUUCGCGAAUUCGUGCGCAUUCCUAUAAAUUUGUAAAUUCAUAAAAUUCAUGCAGCAAAUUCAUAAGUUCAAAAGUUCAAAGGUGAAAGAGUGAGAGUUUGGGGCUUGGUGUUUGGAAGUAGGAGAGUGAGAGUUUGGCGGGGUUGUUGCUGAGUUUUUUUUUUAGCUCUUUAAUAUUACCCCAAAACCCAACGUCACGCUCAAGAUCUUCGUCAAGGAAGUAGGACAUUUGAAAUCGCAGAAUUUCUUGGCGUUCAGAGAGCAGCAAGAAUUGGCCGUGAUUCAACAGUUUACUUUUUGGAACACAAGUACUAAGAAAGUUACAAUUAUGGAUGAAAUUGAAAGUACUUCUUAACUACGCUAAGAAAUAGGCGACAUCACGCACACGAAUAGGAAUAGGGGCACAACGAAGAAAAACGACGUCGCGCUCAUGAGAUCGUGUUCGACUGAGGACCAUGACGCUCACCCGCCAGCCGUGUCCGUCAUCCUGCACUAGAAAAACCAUUGCAAAAAGCCCAAACAUCGACUUUUCUUCCUAAAAGUAGCGUCCUUUUCAGUUUCAAGCACCGACGACUCAUGGAUGCCUUCUUCCACAUCAACACAGUGAAUUCUGCUCAUCAAUAAUCGGCAGUCGAGCGCUACCAGUUACGGUUUCCCCUAGUCCAUCCUUAAAAGCAUCUUUGAGGCUUUUUCACGGAGAGAAAGGUCUCCGAGUAGUCUUCGAGGUGGAUAGCGGCGGGCGCUAAAGCUAAAAAACUAGGGAGGCGCAGGAUGAAGGUAAUGAUAUCUCUGCUAGGUCGCAGACAAUAUCUCUGCUAGGUCGGUGGACACUUUCAUUAUGCAGCCACUUGUAAUUAGCAUCAACGAACAUCCAUGGUCAUGCAGGUCGUGCUGGAACUCGAUGGUGCGAGUUGUACUUCGAGUACAACAAGAACCACUGCUGGCUUCGAGAUGUGAUGCGGUAGUUGGCUAUCUACAAUAACCUAUUCCUGGCUGAGAUUAUCGUUGACUAUGACUUUGAAUAAUGUGCCCAUUCUUAUCGAACCAAGUUGAUUCAUCGAUGAAAGUUGAUAUUACUUCCUACUUAUUGUUCGUUAAAGUACUAUUUUUUCUAUACCUGUACCAAUACCUAAUGGCCGCUCCCUUUCUUCAAGAUAUAAUGCUAGUCUCUAUCUGUAUCUUUUAUGAUUUUCUCAAACUGUUCUAGCGCUAACCGCAAAAAACCGGUAAUCUACCUAUGAAACCAUAACAAUUAUCCAAUACUACAUGAAGAUAGCUGAAAUGAUAAUUAUGAACAUGAAAAACCCAACUUGUUUUCCUGGUGAAUAUGAUAACUGAUAUGGUGUCUACUUUUCCUUCGCUAUAGUUAGAGGUGAAUCCACGUAGUUCUUCUUCGACUGGUGAUGUGACUACGGUACACCACCUAGAGUUCAGCUAACGAAAGCAGAAGUCGGAGCCUUGGUUCUUGUCGUUCUUGUACCUAAAAAUAUCUAAAUCAAUGUGUGAAAACGACGAAGGAUGUUUUCAACGGGCCACUUUGCUGAUUUAAAAAUAGCUGCGGUCAGCGCACGCAUUUUAGAGACACAAAAAUUGGGUGCGACUACAAGGGUGUGGUCACUCUUUGUUAGCUUUACAAGUAACUUACCAAUGAUAAUGAUCCCUCUUCAGGCUCAUGUCUCCCUCAUGCUUUUGUUUUUUUGCGUUGAUCCAUUGAUACUACUCCCUCAUUGCUUUACAAACAAUGAACGCGCGUAGCUUAAGCUUCUGACUUUACCUGUGCCGCCCGUGUUGCCUCAAGGAGCACACCCUUUCGUGUAGCGGCUAUGUGGCGAUGGAUUAAAUGCGACAGGACUGCGAAAACUCAUUGAGUUUCAGUACUCGACCCGGGUGAGUAAAUCAACGUACUCGCCUCUUCUCCUUAGAGCUGUUCAACAUUAUUAUAGAUAUGAUCUCCGAUGAUCCUCGACCUUGUUCUUUUUUGUAGUUAUGACCUCUUGAAGUGCAAGGGGAAGAAAAACGCGGACUGACUAGUGAAGAAGGCAACUGCUCACUAUUUCUGCUGUAAUACCCCCUGACUGGGUACACUACUACUACUGCUACUACUACUCCUACUGCUACUAGAGGCUCCACCCAGCUGCAGAAAUCUACUUACAUAGUUACUUUUGCUUUUCCUCUUUCUCUUUCAGCUCCUUUUUAUCGAUGGAUGCGCUCCGGGCAAGGCGUGCGAUCUCGCCGGAUAUCGUAUUACUACCAUUCUUCCCGCCAGGCUUGUGAGUUCCUUUUCAGUCAUUGAAAGAGAAAUUGCUUUUCUGCGUGAUCGAUUCUCUUACAGGAUGUCUGUCUCCCUCUGUUUUGAGUGUCGGCGCUCGUUCAGUAGGCUGUGUCGUGUCUCUGUGUAUUUUGCACUCGCGCGUGUCUCACAAGAAUGAUUAGAUGUUGAUGCAGCUACUAGUUCUUAUUUAUUUGCGGAUCAUCGUUUUUCUGUCUUGAUAUGUUGCUCUAUUAAAAUUCUUGAAGAGCUACAGCUAGAUGGAUCUACCUAGUAAGAUUGUGAUGUGGCGGUUGCUGGAAGCGGUCGGGUCGGCGGGGGCAAUGUUGAUGGAUGAUGUGCCACAGCUCGAUAGCGCCAAACAGUUCUUCUAUUGAUGUGACUACGACUCCAAAAAGAUUGUGUCAGUUAUUGAAAAGCAGGGUCUUAUCACCUUCUUCGGUAAAACUGGGGAUGACUUCUAUAAUCGUCAUAGCUAUAUCUAUAAACACUUUAAGCAAAGGCCCUCAACAACUACAAGAUGGAUCUGCUACUACUUGAUUUAUAGUCUGCUAUAAUUGUCACCAUGGUAGAUGUACGUUACUAUAUAUAUAUAUGUACAACAAAUCUUCUUCAUUCUUUCUUGUUCACUUAGUAUCUGUGAUGACGAAGAGGAAGCGAGGCAGAUGAAGAUGGCUCACUCAGUAUAUCAUCUUGUGAUCUUGUUGAUUAUCCUCCUCGUCUUCGACUAUCCACAGGUGGGUCUACUUAUACGUACAAUGUCGUUGACGACCGCACGUCACUCUUGUCACGAUCCAUCUCGAUCAUACGAGUGUAGAUAAUUAUUCCUCACCCGUGUCGUGCCCACCCUGCUUUCCUACUUUACGUCGAAGGAGGACGAGUAAUUUGCUUGUUAUCAAACAAGGAAUUGCAUUUGUCAUCUACUCUACUCUAAAUCUAAUACUCAAACUAAACAGUGUCCUCAGCGCGACUAAAAGGUAGGCUAGUACGACGGACGGGUCGCGUACGAAACUAAUUCUAAUUCCAAUUCCAGUAACUACAAGCACCAGAUCAAUUAUACUAAUGAAGACCGCCGGCAUGGAGAGCGUGCACGUGAGGACACGCCUGCGUAGUUGGAAGAGAGGCGCGCGUUUCAUUCGUUAAUUUCGUCAUAGUGCCCAUUUCCAUUUGAUAUUUUCGUUUACAAAUCAGUGAAAAUCCAUGUAAGUGAGUCAGCGGAAGUAUGUUGAUUACCACGCAGAAGAUGCGGAUCUUGAACAGGAGAAUUAUGUAUGAGCAAUUUGUUACCACAUGCGGCAAACGUCUAUUUUGCUACCUCAUUUCGAAAAUUGUAGGUUUCUACCACUGGCCAUCAGACCCAGUACAACAAUGGUCCUGGAAAGACUUACCAUGGUUUCAUGAAGAACUUCUGGUUGUCUGUUUUGUUGUAGAAAAGGACUCCGCGUCAAGAUGAAGAAAAAGAACCGAAACGAGGCAUUUGAUUAGUAGGCGCAUAGGACCUCGCUGACCUCUUCGUACGAUGUUUGAAGCGUUACUAGUUAUGAUCCGUAGUUUCUAUCUGUGCUUGUGGGUCGUAGGAGCAUCCAUUGCUCAUUUCAUUUAUAGUUAUCGUGGCGCAAGGUGAUAUGCGGGACGCUUCAUUGCAACUGUCAACGUCGACUCCCCUUACGUUUUAAUAAAUCCUUCUACUGCUUUUUCAUUUUCAUGUGUUUGUCCCGUAGGAAGAAAACUAGUACCCAUGCUCUGGGCAGAAACUGGCUUACUGCUCGUCUUUAAAGUCUCACAUACAAAACGUUACUUAGCGCGUCUGAAAGGCGGAUAGAAGCAGCUCGAGUUGGAUAUAAGACGGCCAGCAACCGCAACCGGUUAGGUCUGAGCCAUCAACUUCAAUACCAAAAUAAUAUGAAAUAUUUGGAACAUUUUAUUUCAACAUUCUCAGGAGUGUACUACGUACUAUGUGAGACUGCUCAUGCCAUGCCACUAUACUUAAGCAGGAUGUUGUUAAUUUUUCAAAGAGAGGGUGGGGACACGUUCAUUUCAUCUGCUUUCAUCGGUGUUCGCUGCCUGAUGAUGAAGACCAUCCCCAUCCGUAGCAGGCGAGGCGCGCAGCUUCGGCCGUACGAAACAGCUAGUACUAAUGUCAUUUUUUCUGUAGAAGAAGUCAGUGUCAGUUCCGGGCGGGCCGCCAGGGUCGCCUCGUCGUAGAAUUUAUGACUUGAAACUCAAGAUAAUUUGAAGUUUGAAGAAUUCUUAGAAAAUAGGACGUCUACCUAUGCUGGAUAUAGAAAAAGAACCUGGUCGAUGAACACGAACUCGUCAUACUAGAACAAAGUCCUCGUCUUCCUCUCUGCUGCCGACUUGUGAAGGAGAAAAAAGCCGCAAGAGACCACAGAGAAAUGGAGCUACUACUUUGCAGUCACAUCCUUGCUGGUACAAAAAGCAGGGGGGAAAUUGUCCUGUUCGUCGUUCUUCUUGUUGAACUCGGUUCGCUGAAGACAAUCGGAGUCCCCUGCUUGUCGCAGGCUUGCGCUUGCCCGUGCUCUGCCUCAUCUGAAGUUCGUAAAAAGGGCGGAUCAAAACGACCGUGACGAUGAAUGUUUUUAUAUAGCAAGACCGAGAAUAUGAUCAUUGAAGACGAACGCGUCCAGCAAUC